UCCCGGGCGCGUCUAGAGCCCGGGUUGGUUGAGGGAAUGCAGGGAGUCGGAUAGUUUGCAGAGGCUGCAGCAGCAUGGUGGGUGCGGAGAAGGAGCAGAGCUAUAUCCCCAAGAUCUUCAAGAAGAAGACGUGCACAACUUUCAUCGUUGACCCCACAGAUCCGGGAAACCCUCACUCCGCACGUCCAAGGGGGCAUGAUUUUCAAGAGCACAGGCCCUGCUAGGGUUCUAAUCUCGGCUGGGACACGUGCUGUGUGGCUUUGGGCAAAACGUUUCACCUCUCUGGGCCUCAUCCGUCAUCUGGGCAUAAAAACAGGCUCUGGCUCUACCUGCUGGAAUUCUUGCGCGAAUUAAACAAGUUAAUGCUUGUGAUACUUCCGAACGUGCCCAGCACAUGGGGCACCUUGUGCCAGUGUGGGCACUCCCAGCGUGCCCACCCUCAAGUGGCUGUGGAGGAUGCAUUCGGGGCGGCUGUGGUGACCGUAUGGGACAGUAACUUGCAUACCACGGAGAAGCCCACAGAUGCCUUCGGGGACCUGGACUUCCUGGGCUCCGGCCGCAGGGCCAGCAAUUUCCUCCGACUCUCUGACCGCACGGAUCCGGCUACAGUUUAUAAUCUGGUCACGCACAUAUGGGGCUUCCGGGCCCCGAACCUGGUGGUGUCAGUGCUGGGGGGGUCGGGGAGUCCCAUCCUCCAGACGUGGCUGCAGGACCUGCUUCGACGCGGGCUGGUGCGGGCUGCCCAGAGCACAGGGGCCUGGAUCGUCACCGGAGGGCUGCACAAGGGCAUUGGCCGGCAUGUCGGCGUGGCUGUGCGGGACCACCAGACGGCCAGCACUGGGGGCAACAAGGUGGUGGCCAUGGGCGUGGCCCCCUGGGGUGUGGUUCGGAAUAGACACAACCUCAUCAACCCCAAGGGCUCCUUCCCCGCGAAGUACCAGUGGCGCGGGGAACCAGAGGAUGAGCUCCAGUUUCCCCUCGACUACAACUACUCGGCCUUUCUCCUGGUGGACGACGGGACGCACGGCCGCCUGGGCGGUGAGAACCGCUUCCGCUUGGGCUUCGAGUCCUACGUUGCCCAGCAGAAGACGGGCGUGGGAGGGACUGGAAUUGACAUCCCUGUCCUCCUCCUCCUGAUUGAUGGUGAUGAGAAGAUGUUGAAGCGGAUCGAGAACGCCACCCAGGCCCAGCUCCCCUGCCUUCUGGUGGCCGGGUCUGGGGGAGCUGCAGACUGCCUGGCAGAGAUUCUGGAAGACACUCUGGCUCCGGGGAGUGGAGUGGGCAGGAGACGUGAAGCCCAAGAUCUGAUUAAGCGUUUCUUCCCCAAAGGAGACCCUGAGGUCCUACAGGCCCAGGUGGAGAGGAUUAUGACCCGGAAGGAGCUGCUGACAGUCUAUUCAACUGAAGAUGGGCCUGAGGAAUUUGAGACAAUCGUUUUGAAGGCCCUUGUCAAGGCCUGUGGAAGCUCUGAAGCAUCAGCUUACCUGGACGAGCUGCGUUUGGCUGUGGCUUGGAACCGUGUGGACAUUGCCCAGAGUGAACUCUUCCGGGGGGACAUCCAAUGGCGGUCCUUCCACCUGGAGGCCUCCCUCAUGGACGCCCUCCUGAAUGACCGGCCGGAAUUCGUUCGCUUGCUCAUCUCCCACGGCCUUAGCCUGGGCCACUUCUUGACCCCGACGCGCCUGGCCCAGCUCUACAGCGCAGCGCCCCCCAACUCGCUCAUCCGCAGCCUUCUGGACCAGGUGUCCCACGGUGCAGGCACCAAAACCCCAGCCGUUAAACCUUCUGCGGAGCCACGACCUCCCAGGGUGGGGCAGGUGCUGCGGAUGCUGCUGGGGAAGACGUGUGCGCCCACGUUCCCAGCCGGGGGCACCCAUCGCGGUGAUGGCAGCCGGGAGAAUUCACACCUGCUGUCGGACAAGGCUACCUCAGAACCCUGGCUGGAAGCCGUCCCAGGGCAGGCUCCCUGGAGCGACCUGCUCCUCUGGGCGCUGCUACUGAACAGAGCUCCGAUGGCCGUGUACUUCUGGGAGAUGGGUUCCAAUUCCGUGGCCUCAGCUCUUGGGGCCUGCUUGUUGCUCCGAGUGCUGGCUCGCCUGGAGACUGAGGCGGACGAGGCGGCAAAGAGGAAGGACCUGGCAGCCAAGUUUGAGGGGCUGGGUGUUGACCUCUUUGGCGAGUGCUACCGCAGCAGCGAGAACCGGGCCGCGCGCCUGCUCCUUCGGCGCUGCCCGCUCUGGGGAGAUGCCACCUGCCUCCAGCUUGCCACGCAGGCGGACGCCCGGGCCUUCUUCGCCCAGGAUGGGGUACAGUCUCUGCUGACACAGAAGUGGUGGGGGCACAUGGACAGCACCACGCCCAUCUGGGCCCUGGUUCUCACCUUCUUCUGCCCCCCACUCAUCUACACCAACCUCAUCACCUUCAGGAAGUCGGAUGAGGAGCCCACGCAGAAGGACCUGGCGCUUGACUGGGACGGGGGCGCCAAUGGGGAAGGGCCUGUCGGGCCGGCAGACCCACCUGAGAAGAUGCCCUUGGGGAUGCUGAGGCGGCCCAGCCACAGGAGCUGCUGUGGGGGGUGCCCCCCGCGCCUGCGCCGCUGGCCCCAGUUCUGGGGGGCGCCAGUGACGGCCUUCAUGGGCAACGUGGUCAGCUACCUCCUCUUCCUGCUGCUCUUUGCCCGCGUGCUGCUCAUCGACUUUCAGCCCAAGCCUCCCGGUGCCCUGGAGCUGCUGCUCUACUUCUGGGCCUUCACGCUGCUGUGUGAGGAGUUCCGUCAGAGCCUGAGCAGCGGCUGGAGCAGCCUAGCCUUGGGGGGCUCCGGGACAGACUCCCACCAGGCCCCACUGCGCCGCCGCCUGCACCUCUACCUCUCCGACACCUGGAACCAGUGCGACCUGGUGGCCCUCACCUGCUUCCUGCUGGGUGUGGGCUGCCGGCUGACCUCGGGCCUGUAUGACCUGGGCCGCUCUGUCCUCUGCCUCGACUUCAUGAUCUUCACGCUGAGGCUGCUGCACAUCUUCACCGUCAACAAGCAGCUGGGGCCCAAGAUCGUCAUCGUGAGCAAGAUGAUGAAGGACGUGUUCUUCUUCCUCUUCUUCCUUGGCGUGUGGCUGGUGGCCUACGGGGUGGCCACGGAGGGGCUCCUUCGGCCCCAGGACCGUAGCCUCCCUAGCAUCCUGCGCCGCGUCUUCUACCGGCCCUACCUGCAAAUCUUUGGGCAGAUCCCCCAGGAGGACAUGGACGUGGCCCUCAUGGAGCAUGUCAACUGUUCAAGUGAGCCGGGCUUCUGGGCGCGCCCAGCGGGAGCCCAGGCGGGCUCCUGCGUCUCACUUUACGCCAACUGGCUGGUAGUGCUCCUCCUGGUCAUCUUCCUGCUGGUGGCCAACAUCCUGCUGCUCAAUUUGCUCAUCGCGAUGUUCAGCCACACCUUCGGCAAAGUUCAGGGCAACAGCGACCUCUACUGGAAGGCGCAGCGAUACAGCCUCAUCCGAGAAUUUCACUCCAGGCCCGCGCUGGCCCCGCCCCUCAUCGUCAUCUCGCACGUGCGCUCCCUCAUCCGUCGACUGCGAAGGCGCCGGGCCCGCUUGCCAUCUUCCCCAGAGCCAUCUUCCCCAGACUCCGAGCAUUUUCGGGUCAUCCUCUCGAAGGAAGCGGAGCGGAGGCUGUUGACCUGGGAGUCAGUGCAAAAGGAGAAUUUCCUGCUGGCCUGUGCUCGGGACAAUCGGGACAGUGACUCGGAACGUCUAAAGCGCACGUCCCAGAAGGUGGACACAGCGCUGAAGCAGCUGAGACAAAUACGCGAGUAUGAGCAGCGCCUGAAAGGGCUGGAACAGGAGGUCCAGCACUGUAGCCGCGUCCUGGGCUGGGUCGCUGAGGCCCUGAGCCGCUCUGCGUUGCUUCCCCCAGGAGGACCGCCGCCCCCAAGCCCGCCUGGGCCCAAAGAUUAGUGUGUAGGGUCUACCUGCCUGUAUUUGCAGCCUCAGUCACUCCUUACGUCUGUUUCCCUGUCUUUUACUGCCCUUCCUUUGUUCCUGGUUCCCUCCAGGUCUCCUUUGGGCUUUUUGUGCGUCUUUCUUUUUGCUAGUCUCUAAUUUUUUCUGUUCUCCCCUCCAUGCCCAUGACCUGUUCUGUCUUCCCUCAGACUGAGCUCUGCUGGGGGACCUCAAAGAGUAGCAGCCAUUGGGAGUUUUGCUCCCAGAAUAAGGCCUAGCAGGUCUGUGACCCCUGCACCUGGCUAGAAGGUCCCUAACCCCUGUACCUGGCAACCUUGUCCUUUGGUGAACCCCAUGGCUCUGGACCACCACUUUGGCCGCUGCUCUCAGGAUCACUGCAGGGAGUGUCAUCCGUGCAAACCACAGCAGGCCUGGCUUCUCCCAGAACCGGCCCCACUCUGGGUGGAUUAGCCUCUGGAGCCCAGGCCUUGCCUCUCCGAAGGCUGUACCGCAGCCCACCGGGCUGGAGAAGGCCACAGGGUCGUCAAGGUAUAGAAACCACAGAGCCCACUCGCUGUUCCCCACACUGGGGAAAUAAAGCCCUUUGAGAAGAGUA